UCCAGGGAGUACUGCAUGUCUGAUCGGGACAUCGUGGAGGUGGUGAGGACGGAGUACGUGUACACGCGCCCCCCGCCCUGGUCGGACACCCUGCCCACCAUCCACGUGGUCACCCCUACCUACAGCCGCCCAGUGCAGAAGGCCGAGCUGACCCGGCUUGCCAAUACGCUGCUCCACGUACAAAAUCUCCACUGGCUGGUGGUGGAGGACGCGCCGCGUCGGACGCCCCUGACUGCCCGCCUCCUCCGGGACACCGGCCUCAACUACACACACCUGCAUGUGGAGACGCCCCGGAACUACAAGCUGCGAGGGGACGCCAGGGACCCCCGCAUCCCCCGGGGCACCAUGCAGCGCAACCUCGCUUUGCGCUGGCUCCGGGAGACCUUCCCCCGCAAUGCCAGUCAGCCCGGCGUAGUCUACUUUGCUGACGACGACAACACCUACAGCCUGGAACUCUUUGAGGAGAUGCGAAGCACAAGAAGGGUGUCCGUGUGGCCAGUGGCUUUCGUGGGAGGCCUUCGGUAUGAAUCACCUCGGGUGAAUGGGGCAGGGAAAGUAAUUGGCUGGAAGACAGUUUUUGACCCCCACCGGCCAUUUGCCAUUGACAUGGCUGGCUUUGCAGUCAACCUUCGGCUCAUCCUGCAGCGGAAUCAAGCCUACUUCAAGCUUCGAGGGGUCAAAGGUGGCUACCAAGAGAGCAGCCUUCUCCGGGAGCUCGUCACCCUCAAUGACCUGGAGCCCAAGGCUGCCAACUGCACCAAG